CGAGUACUGAACCGUCAUCUAUAUACGUUUGAAAACUGUCAACGAUGUCAACAAAAAGAAUGUGUGUGUGAAGCGAGGAGAAAUUCUUAAUUUUCACGUAAAAUUUUUUGGGAUACAUCAAGACAAAUCACCACCAACAAUUAUAGCCAGACCAAAUUCUACAACCGAGAUGACUGCGGUGGACGAGUUUAACAGUUGGCUCAGCUCUAAACUGCGGGCUUCGAAGGCAGAUGUCAGCGUAUUCGGAUCAUACAUUACCGGUAUCCUGGAAGGAGAUGAAAACAACGAGGAAAAAGUGGAAGCUUUGGAGGGUAUCCUUAGCGCAAUCAUUGAAACAGAUCUGGAGCCUUUCAUCAAAGAGAUCCUCGACAAGUGGAUGACUUGUCAUAGUCAAGAGGCAGAAGCUUCCAAGCCCAAGCUCGACGUGGAAGUGCAGUUAGCCAAAUUACUGGAAGGACAAAAGUUAGCUACAAAGGUAGAACGAGAAUACACCGAAGAGGAACGAAGAAUCAAGGAACAGAUUCUGUCACAAUACAGCCAGCUCUCUGAAAGCGAACCAGACGAGGAAGAUGAAGAAGGAGCAACCAGUUCCGAUCCGAAACUGGUAAAAAAUACCAACUUUUCGGACGUUCAAGCACUGGCGCGGGAGAAACGAGAGCAGGCCAAACUGGAAAGUCAGCUGAAAAAAGAAAAGGAUAAACAGGAUAGAGAAAAACAGCGCCAGCUUCGUGAAGAGAAGAAAGAAAAACGCAAAACCGUCAAAGGCGAACGGCGGCGGUAGCGCCCCAUCAAUGGAGCUUAGGAAUUUGAACAGUUCCUUUUAUUUCAAUUGCGAGAUUGGUCAACUUUUCGAACGGGAACUGUUGUGUGUUUUUGUUCGCUCUUUAAACUAACGUGCAGCAUGCAAUACGAAGCGAACCAUUAGAAGUGCGAAUAAUCCCCCCGCUCUAAAACUACAACAAUCCAUCCUACGAAUAAACGCACAGCGAAGCGGUGCAUGUAAAAAUUUA